CCUUACGUCCGGACGCUAGGUUGCCUCAAGAGGCGCCGUAAUCGCUGCCCAGAAAGAAGGAGGGCGUCUGUGCGAGGAUCUGCUAUGGUGUUGAGUUGCCGGGCAGAGCCGACCGAGACGCGGCGGUCGCGGCCAUGAAGGUGGGGGAGUGGUGCUAAGGAUCAAGUAUACUGUUUAGAAAAAGAAAACAAAACCCAAACAUGAGGAAGGCAGGCGCCACGUCCAUGUGGGCUUCGUGCUGUGGGCUGCUGAAUGAAGUCAUGGGAACCGGAGCAGUCAGGGGCCAGCAGUCAGGGUUUGCCGGAGGUACCGGUCCAUUUCGAUUUACACCAAACUCUGAUUUUUCCACUUACCCACCAGCACCUGCAGAAGGGCCUAAUAUAGUUUGCAAAGCCUGUGGACUGUCAUUUUCAGUCUUUAGAAAGAAGCAUGUAUGUUGUGACUGCAAGAAGGAUUUUUGCUCCGUUUGUUCGGUCUUACAAGAAAAUCUUCGUAGAUGUUCCACUUGUCACUUACUACAAGAGACGGCCUUUCAGCGCCCUCAGUUAAUGCGACUGAAAGUGAAGGAUCUACGGCAAUAUCUCCUUCUUAGAAACAUACCAACUGACACCUGUCGAGAGAAAGAAGACUUGGUAGAUCUGGUAUUGUGCCACCAUGGGCUGGGCUCUGAGGACGACCUGGACACAAGCAGUCUGAAUUCCUCAAGGUCCCAGAAUUCUAGCUUUUUUACACAUUCAUUUUUUUCAAACUAUACAGCCCCCUCUGCCACCAUGUCUUCGUUUCAGGGAGAACUUAUGGGUAGAGACCGGACCUUAGGAUCUGGAGCGCUGGCACAGGUACAAAGUGAAAUCGCUUCAGCAAACACAGAAGAAGAAGAAGAUGAGGAUGAUGAUGAAGACGAUGAUGAAGACGACGAUGAAGAACACUUGGAAGAACGGACGCCUGGCCUCUCUAAGAAGAGAGUGAGAGCUUCGCUGUCGGACCUGUCAAGCCUUGACGAUGUGGAAGGGAUGAGCGUGCGCCAGCUGAAGGAAAUCCUGGCUCGGAAUUUUGUCAACUAUUCUGGCUGUUGUGAAAAAUGGGAGCUGGUGGAGAAAGUCAACCGGUUAUACAGAGAGAAUGAAGAAAACCAAAAGUCAUAUGGUGAGCGGCUGCAGCUGCAGGACGAGGAAGACGACAGCCUGUGCCGCAUCUGCAUGGAUGCCGUCAUCGACUGCGUCCUGCUUGAGUGUGGCCACAUGGUCACCUGCACCAAGUGCGGCAAGCGCAUGAGCGAGUGUCCCAUCUGCCGGCAGUACGUGGUGCGCGCCGUGCACGUGUUCAAGUCCUGAGGCGGGCGUCCCCACCGGACCCUUGCCCCCAGGCUCGGUCCCAGGCAGCUCAGUGCACAGAGGGACUGGAAGCUUACUGUUGAAAGCUCUUCUUAGAAGUUAUUUUCACUACUACCUAGGGACAAAGAUCCAUCCUACGUUACAGCAGCACUGGCCCAUGCCAUGCGCCCGUCAGCCUGAGGCCUCGCUCGGUUUCCCAGGUUCAACCGGGCUUCUUCACACGUCUGUGCCCAUUAAUUGCUGGAGUCAGACUGCUUAUGGCAUCAGCUACUCUCCCUUUGGAGGACAUUUAUGCUCUUAUUUCUCCUUCCUUCUAUUUUUGACUUAAACUACUCAGAUGUUUGAAACUUCUAUUCUCUGGGUGAGAUCACUGUCCACAAGUGACCGACAUGGUACAGCGAGCAGUGGCACCUUUGAAUGUCCAGUUUCAUUAGUCGUGUAUAUUUCAAAUGCUAUUUGAUGAAUGUAAGUUUCCCCAUUGUUGCUAUUUCUGCAUUUAAACGUAAUUGGGAACAACUGACAUUCUGUAGUCUACUGCCAGGGCCUUAGACUAAACUUGUCCGUUUCUGUUCAGGUACAGCUUUUUAUAGCAAGGGCUGCAUCUAGCUGCUUUCAUUAGAGAAGUGUGUGUGUUAAAUUCUUUAUUAAUGUGUAAUUGGUUUACACUGUUUUGUAUAGUGAAAGUGUAUUUUCAGUGCUACCGCUAGCUGAUUUGAACUUUAGGAAUAAAAUUAGAUUUUCAAAAAUGCUUUUA